AUGGACUCCCCAAUUGUGGCGCAACUGUUUCGGCAGCUAUUCCGACACAAGAACUGUGAGGUCUUGCGAUCUCAUUCUUCGUUGUCUCCUCGAGUAUGGAAUGGCCAUGAUUCGCAGUUGAGAUGUUUGUCGACCACAAGUAGGAGGGGCAGAGGGGUGAAGGAGACAAGCAAGAAUGAAAGCCAUUGGCAGCAGAGAACGGAUAUCUUUCCGAUAGAUAUGAUGGAGGAAUUCAAUAAGUAUCCUAUGGUUACAGCGGAUCAGUUGCGGGGGAGGAGAGAAAGACCAAGGCGUGUGAAGAUGCUCACACGAGAUUUCAUCGAAGAUAGUUUAUACAAUCCGUCUUAUGGAUACUUCUCCAAGCAAGUCGUUAUCUUUACUCCUGGCGAACCUUUCGACUUUAACUCCCUCGAAGAUGAACCAGCCUUUCACCGUCUCCUGGGACAACGAUACACCGAGUUCGAGGACGAGUUGGAUCUCAAGUCUCCUAAUGAAACUCGCCAAUUAUGGCAUACGCCAACAGAGCUCUUCAGACCCUACUAUGGUGAAGCUAUAGCCCGGUAUUUGAUCAAUAAUUACAAAAUAUCGCAGUACCCAUACCACGACCUCAUAAUCUACGAAAUGGGUGCUGGAAAUGGUACUCUUAUGCUCAAUAUACUCGACUAUAUUCGUGCCACAGAACCUGAGGUCUACGCCCGUACAAAGUUCAAGAUCAUUGAGAUAUCCAGCAACCUCGCAUCGCUACAAAAGUCGCACCUGUUACGGAAUGCCAAUUCUCGAGGACACUCGUCUAAAGUUGAGAUUAUUAACAAAUCAGUUUUCGAAUGGAACCAGAUAGUUCCCUCACCAUGUUUCUUCCUCGCCAUGGAAGUUUUCGACAACUUUGCUCACGACUCUAUUCGAUACGACCCUGUUACUGAAGAGCCUCUUCAGGGUACAGUCUUGAUAUCCAACACUGGCGACUUUUACGAAUUCUACACUCCCACCAUCGAUCCGAUAGCAUCUAGAUUCCUUCGCGUACGACACGCUGCUACCAAUGGAAAAUACCCACACCCCCUUCCGCAGAACAAAUUAGUGAAGACUUUGAGGAACAAUAUGCCAUUCGCUCCGAAUCUCAGUCAGCCGGAAUAUAUACCCACGAGACUAAUGCAGUUCUUCGAUAUUCUGGCCAAGUAUUUCCCGGCGCAUAGAUUAGUAACAAGUGAUUUUCAUUCGCUGCCGGACACGAUCAAGGGAGUCAAUGCACCGGUUGUACAAACGAGAUAUAAAAGAAGAACAGUCCCUGUUACGACGCCUUUUGUGCAUCAAGGAUACUUUGACAUACUGUUCCCUACUGACUUCGCUGUUAUGGAUAACGUGUACAGAGCCAUCACGGGAAAGUUCACACAAGUAUUAUCACAUGAAGAAUUUUUGAACCGAUGGGCUUAUGUGGAACAGACGGAGACCAAGAACGGGGAGAAUCCUCUCUUGACGUGGUAUAAGAAUGCCAGUGUUCUUACCACUGUAUGA